AUGUCAAAUGAUGAUAAAUUCUUUGCAUCUUAUUGCGACAAAAAAUAUGAAGCUGUGAUUUAUUUUAAACUGAAGAGAAUAAGAGUCAAUCCAAAAAAUCAGAAAGAAUUUCUUAACGCAAUUAUCUGCAUUCUUGAAACACUUAAUAUCCUAAUUGAUUGGAAUAAUUCUGACAGUCUUUCAACUCAACCUGCAAGCAACCUUUCAAGAGAUAACUAUGCUUCAGAAGUAUUUGAGGUAGAUCAUGACAAAGAAGUUGAUAUAUGA